AAAGAGAGAGAGAGAGAGAGAGAGAGAGAGAGAGAGAGAGAGAGAGAGAGAGAGAGAGAGAGAGAGAGAGAGAGAGAGAGAGAGAGAGAGAAAGAGAGAGAGAAUACAGAUCUCAGGUGUCCAUCAUGCGGUUGAAAGGUGGCACUAUACAGGCACUCCCCAACUCGCUGUGCCACGGCAUACGUCUUGGGUUUCUUCUCCUCGUCACCGUCUCGGGAAACUGGGCAACGCAGGAUGCUGUUGGCCAAGACAUCUCGUCAGGACGGAUAACCGGCCCAUACUUCUUACCCGGAGUUCCUCGCGACGUGGUGGCGGCCGAGGGUCAGACAGCAUACCUCCACUGCCGCGUGGCGCACAUCGGCGACGUGGCGCGUGUGUCGUGGAUAAGACAGCGAGACCUGCAUGUCAUUAGUGCUGGGUUUGUGGUCUUCGCCUCAGACCAGAGAUAUCGGGUCAUCCACCCCGCUACCUCCGAUAACUGGACUUUGCAGAUCAAGUACGCACAGCAAAGGGACUCGGGAGCGUACGAGUGCCAGGUGAACACAGAGCCCAAGAUAUCGAUGGCGUUUUACCUUACUGUGGUUGAGUCCAGAGCAUCGAUUCAGGGUCCAGGAUACGUUAAGGCUGGGAGUACUAUCAACCUCACCUGUAUUAUUAACCAGGUGAAUGUUGAAGGACUGGUAUACUGGUACCGCGACCAAGAGAUCCUCGACUACGAAGGGCCCGUGUCUAUCCUGACGCAGGAGGCGGCGGAGGGAACCACGUCGCGACUCACCAUCAGGAACGCCACGCCCAGGGACUCCGGGAACUAUACGUGUUGGCCCACCUCCGCGCGGCCCACGUCGGUGCUCAUCAACGUCGUGUUGGAGGGCGAGCAACCGGCAGCUAUGCAAACAGGUGUUGGCAGUCGCACCUGUUCAACGACGCACCUGCUAUGGAUGCCUUUACUUUCCCUUACUCUCGCGCUCCUUCCUGGACACAGAUGAUGAAACUCAACGUCCCUCGGCACUUAUUGGCACUGAAUGGCACGUGGGCGCGGCGUAUGCCCAUCUGGUGGCAGUUCUUUGUAUUUGUAUAUCUGAAAACUCCUUUAAAAAGACUUGUAGUGUAUGAUAUGUAUUUUGUUAUUUGCUUGUUAAUGUUUUUGGUGUGACUUCGUACGUGCAUAUAUGAAAACACACAUGCACAAACACACACACACACACACACGUAUAUGUACAUAUAUAUAUAUAUAUAUAU